AUGGACCAUCCCUACUACCCUCUCGGCGUCGCCAUCCCCAAUUACCGCCCAAAUGACCUCCCGCUCUCCCGCUCCCUCCCCGUCUUCGGGGCCCUCAUCGGCGCCGUUGUAGUUUCGGCCUACCUCCUCGCCGGCUCCGGUUCCGGCUCCGGGCGCCGUGUCCGGCCCAUCGACCGGUUUGCCGCUUCGUGGUUUGCCUUGUGUGGCUUCUUACAUAUCGCCUUUGAAGGGUACUACAUCCUUUACCGCACAAGCAUCUCCAGCAAAAACACGCUCUUCGCCCAGCUCUGGAAGGAAUACACCCUCUCCGACUCACGCUACCUCACCUCCGAUAUCUUCACCGUCUGUGUCGAAACCAUCACCGUUUUCGCCUGGGGACCAUUGAGCCUCAUCACCAUCCUCUGCAUCUGCACCAACCACCCGUCCAGACACCUCUUCCAAGUCGUCGUCUGUGUCGCCCACCUCUACGGAGUGGCCUUGUACUACGCUACCAACUGGGCUGAGCAACGCUUCCACGGCGUGUCGUACAGUCGACCCGAGUUUCUCUAUUUCUGGAUCUAUUACGUUGGAUUCAACGCCCCGUGGGCCAUCGUCCCCUUCUUCUUAUUGGCGGAUAGCUACAGACGGAUAGUGACGGCAUUCCGAGCAUUGCAUGAGAAGGAGUCUCAACAAAAGAAUGAGUAG